AUGAAGGAUGCCUAUGUGCAGAAGAUGGUGAAAGUGUCUACAGAUUAUGAUCGCUGGAGUCUUAUCUCCUUGACAAAUAACAGUGGGAAGAAUGUUGAGCUUAAAUUUGUCAACUCUCUCCGACGGCAGUUUGAGUUCAGUGUUGAUUCCUUUCAGAUAAUCCUCAAUCCUGUGUUAGAUGUCUAUAGCAAUGCAGAUGGUGAGCUGUCAGAAGAUUCUAAUUUGUCCAUCAUUGCUGAAAGCAUGUAUGGAGACUUCGAUGAGGCCAUGGAGCACCUGAAGUACAAACUGAUUGCCACAAAAAAACCCGAAGAGAUCCGUGGUGGAGGCCUUUUGAAAUAUAGCAACCUUCUGGUUCGGGAUUUUAAGCCAGUAAAUGAGGCAGAAAUUAAAUCACUGGAACGUUACAUGUGUUCUAGAUUCUUCAUUGAUUUCCCUGAUGUAACAGAGCAGCAGCGGAAGAUUGAGUCAUACUUGCGCAAUCACUUCAUUGGGGAAGGGAAGAGCAAGUACGACUACCUGAUGACUCUGCGUGGGGUUGUGGACGAGAGCACGGUCUGCCUUAUGGGACACGAGCGAAGGCAGACACUGAACAUGAUUACCAUCUUGGCUCUCAAAGUGCUUGGAGAGCAGAAUAUCAUUCCCAAUGCAGCCAAUGUAACAUGCUACUAUCAACCUGCUCCCUACAUCAGCGACAGGAACUUCAACAAUUACUAUAUUGCUCCUAGACAGCCACCCAUUAUCUACCAGCCCUAUUCCUUUCACAUUCCCAUGCAGAGUGGCAUGGUGUAG